UAUUUAUUUUAAAGAAGAGGAAAAAAAUGUGCGCACUGCGCACCCUGCACAUCUUAGAGAGAGAUUCGAGGCAACCAUGGAUGCGCUACUGUCCGGAACUCCACUUAAAAUGCCCUUUCCCCUCUGGCGUCGCCCCCUAAAACCCUAAUCUCUAUUCCUUCGUCCUUCGAUCUCGUGUCUGGAAGUUUGCUUUUUGAGGACCCUACAGCAAUGGCGUCGUCUUCGUUGGAUGAAGAAACGGCGAAGAAAGUGCUUCGACAGGUGGAGUUUUACUUCGGCGAUAGUAAUCUUCCCAGAGACAAUUUUCUCAAGAAAUCGAUCAGUGAGAGCGAAGAUGGCAUGGUCAGUCUGGCUCUUAUUUGUUCAUUCUCUCGGAUGAAAAGCCAUCUAAAUUUGGGGGAAGUGAAACCAGAUGAGGUUUCAGAAGACACAGUGAAGGCUGUGGCUGAGGUUCUGAGACAAUCGUCUUCUCUUAAAGUGUCUGAAGAUGGGAAGAAGAUUGGUAGGUCCAGUGAAUUAUUAAAGCCAGAAGAGGUAAUAGAGCAGUCAGAUGUAAGAACAAUUGCUGCUUCACCACUUCAGUGCGAUGCAAAGCUUGAAGAUGUAGAAUCUUUCUUUGGUCAAUAUGCCAAGGUCAAUAGUGUCAGGCUGCCUCGUCAUGUUGCAGAUAAAAGACUAUUUUGUGGUACUGCUCUUAUUGAAUUCUCAACCGAGGAAGAUGCUGAAAAGGUUUUGAAGCAAAGCUUGGUUUAUGCAGGUGUUGAGUUGGAACUAAAACAAAAGAAGGAAUUUGAUGUAGAAAGAGCCAAGAAAGCAGAGGAGGUUGAGAAUUCACGUUCUCUCAGGGGUUCAAAUCAAGAGAACAGUUCAAAUGCUGGAGCAAACUACCCCAAAGGUUUGAUUGUUGCAUUUACACUGAAACGCAUGUUAACUGGAGGUUCAACACAACAAAAUGGUAACCAUCAGCCAGCUAACGAUAAUGUAGAUGUUUGCAAAGCAAAUGAAGAAUUAGAUUCCACUGUAACUGUUUCUAAGGAGACUGAGCAGAAGGUGUCGGAAAAUGCUGACAAUAAUGAAGAAGACCAUAGGGACGAUAGUAAAGAGAGCAAAGAAAAUGUUGAUAAUGGGGAGGAUGGUAAAGAGAGCAAAGAAAAUGUUGAUGAGAAAACUAGCUCAGAGAAUGAAGGAAAGGAAGAAAAAGAAGACACAGAGAAAUCUUUGGGUGAUGAUAUUCCUGAGGAUGAAGAGAAAGCAAAGGACGAAGAGAAGACAAGAGUGGAAGGAAAAUUCAUUGCUGCUAUUUACAAAGACAACAAUGAUAUUGUUUUGCGUGAGGAUCUGAGGCUUGUCUUUGAAAAAUUUGGUACUGUUAAGUUCAUUGAUUUCAAGUUUGGAGCGGAUUCAGGAUACAUUCGGUUUGAGCAGCCAGAAGCUGCUCAGAAAGCCCGUGCUGCUGCAGUGCUCGCUGAAGAAGGGGGCCUGAUUGUGAAGAAUUACAUUGCUACUUUGGAACCUGUAACUGGUGAUGCUGAAAGUGAGUACUGGAGCCUACUCCGUGGUAACAAAGAAAGGUAUUGGGAAAAUAAAGGCAACAGAGGAAGGGGAGGAAAACACAAUAGAGGUGGGAGGCAGUUCAAUAAAAAACAAGCUCGUUCAAGAGAUGGUGAUUUUGCCUCUGGCAGGCCAAAUAAAGCCCAGAAAGUUGGAGCAGUUUGAGCAUAGUUAUUGAUCCUUGAAUCAAUUUUGUGAUAAUUUUUGAUGGCGUGUUCUUGUGAAUGCACGAACCCCUCCUUUAUCUUCUUUGGCAAGCCAAAUUAAUUACGAUCAUAAUAGAAAACAAUAUGCUUCUUGUCUCUUUCAAAA